AUGAAAAGAUGUUAUACAGUUGAAACUAAACAUACAGUGACGUACGAAUGGAAAAUAAAUAGUAUAAGUUUGUAUUUACAACCUAAAAGUAAUGAUGAGGGUGAAAAUAUAAAAUUCAAAUCUUCUUCAUUUUCAACAAGCGCUGGUGUAAGAGACUUAUGGAAGUUACAUCUUAAUUUUAAUCACAAUGUACAAUCAGUAAAUAAAGGCUUCGUGUCAAUGUAUUUACAAUCUUUGAUAAAUGAUUGUAAAAUUCAAACAGAAUUUACAUUUUAUGUUUUGAACAAUAAAAAAGAAAAGACUAAUGCUGAAACUUUGAAACUGUUAUUUGAAAGCAAUAAAACUUGCCAUGGGAUUCCGGAUUUUAUAGUGAAAGAAGAGCUACUGUUAAAUAAAAGAUUACUUACACCUCAUGACACCUUGACAGUUGGUGUUGAAUUGGUAAUAUUUGAUAAUACCCUCGAUAUUCCAAUAAAGAAAUCAACUAAUCUAAUGGCUCAGGAUUAUAAGCAGCUUCUUGAUAAUAAAAUCGGCAGUGACAUUGUCCUAGCAGUGGGUGACCAAAAGUUCGAAGCUCAUAAGUCGAUUUUGAUGGCCCGUAGUCCAGUUUUUCUAGCGAUGUUCACUAAUAACAUGAAAGAAAGCAGAGAAAGUGAAAUAACUAUACCAGAUAUCGAGCCUCAUAUAUUUAAAAAAAUAUUAUAUUCAAUUUACACUGAUGAAGUGACUGAAUUAGAUGAAAAUGCUGAGGAUUUGCUUGAAGCUGCUGAUCGUUUUCAGUUACUGUCACUUAAAGAAAUGUGCGAAAAAUCUCUUUGCAAUUCUGUGACUAUUGAAAGAGCGAUUACGAUUUUAACAUUGGCAGAACGACACAACGCAAAGCAAUUGAUAGAUUUUGUAGCUGAUUUUAUAAUAAUAUAA